AUGGAUAUGAUUGGUGGCAUGGACUUCAUUAAUCAACUUAACAACUUCACAUUAUAUCGGACUAACAAUCAAUCGUUUCACUCUGGAUAUCGAUACAAGUAUCGACUACCUUUUGAACAUGUGAAUGAUUCAAUGUCUAAGACGAUUUGGUUUCAAGAUCGUUGGCAUCACUUGAUCACGAUAUCUAUAGCCUACAUUGUUCUCAAACAAAGUUUGUCCAAUAUCAUCAUUGCUUUUGUUCGCAGCGCAGAGGAUUUUUUGUUUUCUCUCUCCUCGUCAUUCUACGACUCUGUCUGCCGGAGUGUACAGCCGAGUGAUGUUGCUGCUUUUUGGGCCCUGACUUUUGCUGUUAACAAGAUUGCUGAAUUUGGGGAUCUAUUGUUCAUCGUUUUACGCAAACGACCCCUCAUG